CAAUACUUGGUUUGGCGGCUGUAAGAGGGAAUAGCAAAGUACAAUAUUGAUGUAAAUGAACGAUCCUGAAGAAUAUUUUCAGAAAUUGAACAAUACUAUGUUAGCCGUAAAUAAUAAACAUAAUCAAAUUCGGAUUUCGCCUCAGAAAGCGAGAGCUCAAAGAGAUGCAUGGAGGUGUUUUAGAGACAUGACGCGUACACAAAAUGAAAAAUUACAAACCACGCGACGAGAGAGUAAAUGGAAUAAGCAAAGAGGUGGAAGCGUUGAAAUGAAUCGUUUUAUAGAUCAAAAUACGCAGCAGGAACAUGAGAAGCAAUUAGAGUUGGCGUCAGAAGAAUAUGUUUUGGACCCUGCUGACAUGGACGAUGUACAGGAAGAGAAUUUUCAGGAAUUUCCACCGGAGUACAGGUGAAGUAGGUUCAUUAAAUAUCAUCCUCAUAUGGUCGUGGAAAUGACAAAGAUGCUGGUCAUCAAUAGUUUCACCACCUUUGCAAAACCAACUCUGAAAGGUUUCUUUCCAAAAUAAAAAAAAUAAAAGGACUUGACUUAUCGUGGUUACUAUUUAUUAUCUGUCGCAUAAAUGAAUGGAUUUCGUUAUAUGUUA